CAACAACAUUGAUGAUAUUGAUAAUUCGAGUGGUGGUUAUACUCCCAGGCCUCAAUUGCAAGAUCGCUGUUCGAGUUAUACUCAAGGACGACAACUACGUGCCAGGAUAAUCAUUGAGAAUAACUUCUGGUAA